AUGGGCGCGCCUGGGCGCCUGGCCCCGGGCGAGCUGCUGCGGGCGGCGGCGGCGCUGCUGCUGUGCCUGCUGGUGGUGGCCGGCUCCACGCUGGAGAUGCUGGGCGGCGGCGGCGGCGGCAGGUACGAGGCGGAGCGCGGCCAGGAGGGCGGCGGCCGCUGCCAGCCCAUCGAGAUCCCCAUGUGCCAGGGCAUCGGCUACAACCUGACCCGCAUGCCCAACCUGCUGGGCCACGAGCACCAGGCCGAGGCGGCCCUCAAGCUGCAGGAGUUCGCCCCGCUGGUGGCCUACGGCUGCCACGGCCACCUGCGCUUCUUCCUGUGCUCCCUCUACGCCCCCAUGUGCACCCACCAGGUCUCCAGCAGCAUCCCCGCCUGCCGGCCCAUGUGCGAGCAGGCCCGCCAGCGCUGCGCCCCCGUCAUGGAGCACUUCCACUUCGGCUGGCCCGACGCCCUGGACUGCGCCCGCCUGCCCACCAGGAACGACCCCCACGCCCUCUGCAUGGAGGCCCCGGAGAACGCCACCACCGCCGAGCCCCACCGGGGACAGGGCAUGCUGCCCGUGGCCCCCCGGGCACGGCCCGCCGGCGGCGAAGGCCGCCCCGGCCCCGGUGCCGCCUGCGGCAAUGGCCACAAGUUCCAGUACGUGGAGAAGAGCCUCUCCUGUGCGCCCCGCUGCUCCCCCGGAGUGGACGUCUACUGGUCGCGGGAGGAUAAGGACUUCGCCUUCAUCUGGAUGGCCGUGUGGGCCACCCUGUGCUUCGUCUCCACCUCCUUCACCGUCCUCACCUUCCUGCUGGACCCCCACCGCUUCCAGUACCCCGAGCGGCCCAUCAUCUUCCUCUCCAUGUGCUACAAUGUGUACUCGGUGGCCUUCAUCAUCCGCUCGGUGGCCGGGGCGGAGAACAUCGCCUGCGACCGGGAGAACGGCGAGCUGUACGUCAUCCAGGAAGGGCUGGAGAGCACCGGCUGCACCAUCGUCUUCCUCAUCCUCUACUACUUUGGCAUGGCCAGCUCCCUGUGGUGGGUCGUCUUGACCUUGACGUGGUUCUUGGCGGCCGGCAAGAAGUGGGGCCACGAAGCCAUCGAGGCCCACAGCAGCUACUUCCACAUGGCCGCUUGGGGCGUCCCCGCCAUGAAGACCAUCGUCAUCCUCACCAUGAGGAAGGUGGCGGGCGACGAGCUCACUGGGCUGUGCUACGUGGGGAGCAUGGACGCCAACGCCCUGACAGGCUUCGUCCUCAUCCCACUCUCCUGCUACCUGGUCAUCGGCACGUCCUUCAUCUUGACGGGCUUCGUUGCCCUCUUCCACAUCCGCAAGAUCAUGAAGACUGGCGGCACCAACACGGAGAAGCUGGAGAAGCUCAUGGUGAAGAUCGGGGUCUUCUCCAUCCUGUACACCGUGCCGGCCACUUGUGUCAUCGUCUGCUACUUCUACGAGCGGCUGAACAUGGAUUACUGGAACCUGCGGGCCUCGGAGCAUGAGUGUGUAGCCUUCCCUGGCCGGCGCGGCAUGGACUGCUCCUUGGACUCUUCGGUGCCCACUGUGGCCAUCUUCAUGCUCAAGAUUUUCAUGUCCUUGGUGGUGGGCAUCACCAGCGGGGUCUGGGUGUGGAGCUCCAAGACUCUUCAGACCUGGCAGAGCCUGUGCAAUAGAAAACUGGGGGUGAGGACUAGGGGGAAGCCGUGCAGCGGGGGGACCUGCCCCGGGGCGCACUGCCAUUACAAAGCGCCUGCCGUCAUGCUGCACAUGACCAAGACAGACCCUUACCUGGACAACCCGACGCAUGUCUGAAAGCGGGAGAAACCCUACGGAGUCCUCUCUGAGGCG